AUGCUUCAUCACAUCAUGCAUGUUUUAAUUUUCCUCCUGACAGUCUCCAGCUUCUGCAUUGACAUUGCGCUUAACCUCAGCGAUGUCUACUACUACGAGUCUCAGCAUAUCCGCAUAAAGAAGGAAGAAUGUGGCGCCUUCAAGUCCUACACUCAUAGAGCUGUAACCUCUGAAUCUUUUGGUACCAGAGACCAGAUUACAUACGCAGGAGCUGUUCAGGAAGGGCUGCCAGAGGCGUAUAAUGAUGCCAAGGUCUACUACUUCAAACACGAUAUGGAGAAUAAUCUGCCGCUCCUUUUGGUACUAGGAAUAAAUAGAAACCUUUUCUUCUUCAAACCCACAAGCAUAUUCAUUGAUGGAACUGAAUACGAAAAAUCGUCUCAGGAGGGAGCAACAUCGGAUGGAAAGGAGCCGAGUUAUUUAGACUACAAGGAUACAAAUGUAGAUUACGGUAAUGUUAGUAUACUACCGAGCGAUAGCGGUAAGGGUCGUAGACCGCUGGAUCCUGACACGAGACCAAAACUCUAUUCACAUCAAAGCGAUAGUGCCAGUAGACAUCUUGAAGAAUUUAAAAGACGCAUAAAUGCUUCUCUCUUGGAAUCACUGGAGCCUGAGACACUACUACAUUCCCACAUGUGGGUUAGGGACGAGUCAAUAAACUCCAGAAAUGUCAUGGAUAAACUGGCAAGGAUAGCUUGCAAUGUGCCAGGAUACCCCGUUGUUGUGGAUAUUUCGGCAUUUUCUGACUAUUCCAUUGAUGGUAAUCCUGUGGGUGACAUUCCAUGGACCGUGCAUGUGAAGAGAAAAACUGAAAAUGGGUUUGAAAUUUAUACUCACAGUAUGGAUGGAUUCCUUAUUUUAUCUCAUAUAAAGUGUGGUGACCAAAUUUUACAGGUUAAUGGGUGCAGUUACUAUACCAAAAUUGAGGUACAUUACCCCGCCGAAGAAUUCACGGAACAGACUGCAGAUCAUGGCUUACAUGUUGGAAGGCACUGUCUGCCCUCAAUAAUCAAUUUUAUAAGAGGAGUUAAUCCCCUUUACUACGUACGGAUUGAGGACUCGCUCGUUCAAUUUAAAGCCAGUGAGAGAGCAAGGCUUAGUUCAACUGUUCUCUCCCGCCUCAUCCUUGAUGCACAAAACUAUGGAGUUGAGCUAUUCCCAAAGUGUUCAGAAGCAAUGGAAGAAACAUGCGUAAGAGUCUCUAGAAUAUUCAAAUUUGACUUUGGAAAAUACCUCAAAAUAGGUCCAUACAUUGUACGCACUUAUGACCCUGAGACUUUGGAAGGUGCAGGUGCUGAAUUAACUCUCAUAAAAAAUAUCUAUACACCUGGAAUGAGCCAAAUCAGACUCUUUCUCAAAAAUGGAAAAAAAGAAAUGCUCUCCAUGAAAUAUGAUGGUAAGGAGUACUGCUACGACAAAUACAGCGAAUAUAUUUCUGAAAACCCAUUAUCAGGUGAGAAUAUCCUCGAAAUUCUUGGGUCUAUUGCUAAAUUUGGUAAAAUUCUGCCAAAAAAGUUGAGCAUUCCCAUAACAAAAUCAAGGGGUAUUGUAUUCGAUGUGACCCGUUACAAGAGCUACAGUAGUGAAAUUACAGGAAACCACGUUGUAACAUCCACUAGAUAUUAUGGAAUGUUUAAAAUUAUAGUUCAUAAACCGGAAGUCGUUCCAUUCACAGUUCAGGGUGUGCAAGCAAAUGCUGGAAUAAUCAAAACGUUGAGGUUUAUGAGGGAAUUCGAAUGCACGCAUUUUGAAGUGUUCUGCACGGACGAAGCGCAAUUUGUGAGUAUAAAGUGUGAGGAAAGGGUCUAUUGUAUGCUCAAGGGAGCGUUACGAUGGGUCAUCUUUAGGACUAACGAAAUAAGUGAUGCUGAAGCAAGUAGAAUGAUCCGUGAGAAUAGUCAUGGAUCCGCCGGAGUUGAACCCCCGGAUUCACCAAUCCGUGAUGAUGUGUUUUCAACGGUUACAAUAAAGUCUGCCGAAUACAUAAAGGGUGAAAGAGACCCAAGGAUCGAAGAACGAAAAGCCACGCCUUGGGCUAGACCAAAGGGGAGUGAUGAAAGCGGCAAAGAUUCAGCAGAGAUUAGCAGAGGAUCUGAGGAGUUAUACUUUCGCUUCAGUCCGGAUUCAGUAAAGAAAAUAACCCUAGAAGAUGAUUCUAGUGAAGCUAAAACUCCAGAGCAAAAGCAGUCCACAGAAGCUGAGGUGGAAGAGGAAGGCGAAGAAGAGGAUGAUAAACAGAUCAAGGAUAAAACACAGUAG